AUGGGCGGCGGGAACGGCAGCGGCGCGGCAGGUGCUGCUGCUGCGGCGGCGGGGGAGGCGUGGGCGGUGCCGCCGUGCGACGAGCGCGUGUGCUCGGCGCUGCCGCUGCGGGUGCUGGUGCCGGUGACGGCCGUGUGCGCGGCGCUGUUCCUCGUGGGCGCGGCGGGCAACGCGCUGACCGUGUUGGUGGUGCGGGCCGAGCGCGGCGGGCGCAGCACCACCAGCCUCUACGUGGGCAGCAUGGCCGUGUCCGACCUACUGCUACUGCUGGGGCUGCCGCUCGACCUGUACCGCCUGUGGCGGUCGCGUCCCUGGAUCUUCGGCGCGCUGCUCUGCCGCCUGUCGCACUUCGUGGCCGAGGGCUGCACGUACUGCACGGCGCUGCACAUCGCGGCGCUCACGGCCGAGCGCUAUCUGGCCGUCUGCUUCCCGCUCAAGGCCAAGGUGGUGGCCACCAAGCGCCGCGCCAAAGCCGUCAUCGCCGCCCUGUGGGCCGUGGCGCUGCUCUCGGCCGCGCCCUUCCUCUUCCUCGUGGGGCUGGAGCCGCCGGCCGCCGGCAACCGCAGCGACCUGGGCCACGAGUGCAAGCCCACGGCGGCAGCCCAGGAGUCCGGCCUGCUGGGCGCCAUGUUCUGGGUCACCACCGCCUACUUCGUGCUGCCCGUCGUCUGCCUGCACGUGCUCUACGGCUUCGUGGGCCGCCGCCUCUGGAGCAGCGAGCUGCAGACCCGCGGGCCCCGCGCCUCCGCCCGCCAGCGCGGCCAGCGCCACACCGUGCGGCUCCUGGCUGUGGUGGUUCUGGCAUUUGUAAUUUGCUGGUUGCCAUUCCAUAUCGGCAGGAUCAUAUUUAUAAACACUCAGGAUACCAAGAUGAUGUUUUUCUCCCAGUACUUCAAUAUAUUUGCUUUUCAGCUAUUCUAUCUGAGUGCAUCCAUCAACCCUAUCCUCUAUAACCUCGUUUCAAAGAAAUACAGGGCAGCAGCCUACAAACUAUUGCUGCCACACAGAUCUGGACAAAGGGCUUUUACCGUUACGAGAGAUACUGGAGGCUGCACAGAGACCAGUGCCAGCAUCAGAAAUGAGUACAUAACCACUUUCUGAGACUGCUCCGCUGAUUUCACCGAGGCACUUUUCAGGAUACUUUCUGUAAGUGAAGGGCAGUUCAUUUUAGCAUUGCAGUUAUAUAUAAGGAUGGGUAUUUAUUGUUACUCAUGAAUUUUAUUCUCAAGUGGUAUUUUUCCUUAAUAUUUGUUUUCUGUGUUAACAGAGAAAGUUAGCAAUAUCAGGAGUAACAUGCAACUAAUGCAAAGCAAAAGUGACAUGAUUACCAAUAGUAGUCACCCUGUUGUCAUUAUUACACCUCAGUUGUCAUACGUAGCUACGUACAAUUUUUAGGACUCAAAGCAAUGGUGCCAGGUAGGGAAGGUGUGUUGUUCAGUACCUGAGAGAUCCCAAGGUUUACCCUUUUAAACCUUAUUUCUCACGAACAAAAUAAAUAUGCAGGGGCAAGGAUCUACCACCAUGAAUGUCCUUUGCAGAAAUGGCCUAAUCCUGCAAACAGGAGUAAUUGGUCCUGUGAAUAAUAUCAGUGUAUUCUCCCAAUUUAAGAGCUGCUCAUGUGCACGCCUGUUUGUAUAGAUCCAAAGGCCCAGGAGAUCUCUAUACAUGAACCAGGGCACUAUGUCUUAAAUGAUUUUUAAAUCACAGCAUUGUUGAUUAUCUCCUUACUAAAUAGAUUGAAAGAAUUAGCUCCAUUUAAGUUAACUUGCUAACUAUAACUGAGCCUACAAGUUCUAAAAACAAAUUAGUCGAGAAGAGCUACUAGAAAAUAAGUUAUUGUUACUUCCAAAGACUCGCAUGUUGCCCAUGCACAAAGAAACUUGACUACACUAAUGGAAAUCAGGAACAGUUCUGUGGUAACUAAGGGCACCUAUACAUGACUGCAAAGGCUGCUCCAACUCACUGGAAUUCCAGCACAUCGGAGCAGACUCAAUUAAUCGAGUCUGCUAGAGUGUGGCAAUUGCCGCACUCCAGCAGCCUCCCGCGUCUUGUGUAUCAGCGUCCCCGUGCUUAAAAAUGGUGACGGGGUGUUUGAACUAAAGUUUGUUGAACUCGAAUGAGCUUUAGUUCAAGCACCCCUGCCACCAUUUUUAAGUGCAGAGAUGCUGAUACAGUAUAACCUCAUAAAUCUGGCUUUCAAAAUUCCAGAAUUCUCAAAAAUCCAGCACUUUUUAAAAAUACAGUACACUACAUUAUUGCAUUAAAAAUAGCUUCCCAAUAAUCUAGAAAUUCCUCUGGAAGUCCAAUGCUUCUCCGACUACCGUUGUUUUUGUUCAUCAGCCUACAGCCAUUGUUUUGAACAAUACUCAGUCAUGUGUAAAGUAUAAUAGCAAGGAAAAUUGUCCUAAAGCUAUGCACUUUCCUUAUGUUUCAAAAAUUCAGAAUUUUCAAAUUUCUGGCAGGUGGUAGGUCCUGAGGAUGCUGGAUUUAUGAGGUCAUACUGUACAUGAGACACAGUGGCAGUUUAAUUAGAGCAGCUGUUAGAGCUGCUCUAAUUAAAGCACCACCUCCCAUACCCCCAGAGCAUGUGUAAAAGUGCCCUAAUGGAGCUGAACUGCAUUCAUAUCAGUACAAUUGAUGAUAUGUCGGCACUUGAAUUUUACUUGUGUUUUAACAUAGGUUAAUUAUGUUGUCUUCAUUAACCUGAUUGAAAGUUCUAGUGUAGGAACACUUGUGUCCUGUCUACAUUAAAAUUUAGAAUUGCGUGACUUAUUAAAAACACAACUAAGAAUUCCAACAUAACCACAACCAAAAAGGGGAAUUUGACCCAAACAUAUUAGGUGUCAAAAUAUUUGGACAAACCCUUUUGUUUAAUAAAUCUGAGCGCUGGCUCACUAAAAGAUAGUUCCAGAGACAGAGGAGGCAGUUAGCUCAUUGUGCAUACAUCCAGUCAUUUCUCUACAGGAACUGCCUGCCAUCAGAGGGCUAGAUUUUUUUUUCACCUCCCCUACUGUAAAAAUGUUAAAGAAAGAACAAAAACAGUUGCCAAUGUGUUUGGUAGAGCAUAUUGGUUUUGCCUGUAAACUUUGUAAACAAAUAUAUAUAAGCUUUGUGACAUGGAUAUGUGAGUUUCACUAACCUUGAAUUUAUCCAUUGGUCCAGUCUCCAAGAAUGUCAAAUUGUGGUCUACUGAGAGCUGGCUGGUCAAAUGGUGCUGGCUCUUUGUCUUUAUUUUGAGUUGCUAAACUGUACUGAGAGAGCAGCUAAAAGUUAAACAUGUCCCUAAUGCUGUUUUUCCAUGUACACAAUUGCUCUAGCUACCACAGAAAGUUUACAUGGCUGUGAGACUACUUUCCCUCCUUACUAUAUAGUCACAAACAGGAGCAGGGGUGCUCCACAUGAUUGUGAGCAGAAGGGAAGGUAGUUCACUACCACCAUCUUGUAUUCAAACAUGCUGCUCGCUAGGAGAAAGUAUUGGAAGUUUUGCUUUGUCUGAUUGAUAACACUUAGGUGCUACAAUCGCUGUAACGUGUGGAUGCUACCUUGCUGCCCUAUAUCAACUCUUGCCUUGUUCCUGCCUAGCGAUGUACCUUGCGUUUGAUAUUAUGUUUGGGAAAUAAUGCAUGGCUGCUGGUCCACACAGAACACCAGAGCAAAAUUGGUUUCUGAUAACCAUGAUGAAUACAGCAUGACAAACACUGUCUUGUUUGCUGGGAAGGUAAUUUGUCCUUUUGUGUACAUGUUCUUAACAUUGCUUCUCUAUGCAUAGAAAAAAUAUGUACAGAAAACCACAAUUGUAAGCUUGUAAUGCCCUCUAAUUAAUCAUCUGUGCUGUAGCCCCUGUAAAACAAUAGCAUAUGCAUAUAAAAUAACCAGAGCUUAGAGAGGCUGCUUAGAUAGUUUGGGUCUACACUGCUGAGAGAUACCAAACACUAGACUGCAUAGGGAAUGGAAUGGAGAUUAAUAUUAAAAAUAUAAUAAUGUUGUGCUAUAUAGCAUGGUGUAUCAAUUCAUCACUGGAACCUCUCUGCCUACUCCUGGCCACACUGCUUCACAAAAGGUCAUAGAUUCAAGAUAGGUCCAAAGGUGAGCAACAGAAUUCAUUGGAGGCACAAAAGGACUUCCACAUGGAAAGAGAGAAAAGAUUAAAAUCGUUUAAAGCAUAUGUGAUAAAGGUUCACAGGUAAUGUAGCAUAACAAAGGUAUGUUGAGGCACUGUAAUUGUACUAUAAGAACCAGGAACAAGGGUCUGUUAAAUUAAAGUGAGGAAAAUUUAAACUGAAAGCCAGCAAAUUUAAAACUGAUAUUAGAAAUAAGUUCAAACUUAUGAUUAGUAUGUGGAACUCAUCAUCACAAGAUCUUCCUGAGGUGAAGAGCUUAGUGGCAUGUAUAAAGAAGGAAUGGAUGUUUAUAUGAAUAAUGAGCAAUUGCAUAAAAAAUCCAAGUUCAAGUUUCUAAAGUUAAAUAGUAAUUCAUACUACAAAGUGUAAGCCAACCUCUGGCUGAGAAGGUCAGAAGGAAAUUUCUGAGAAGGCCAGUCCAAAAUUGUCCACUCUUGCCAUGCCUUAGGCAUCAGGAAAAGGAUACUGCUGGAGAGAGAAGAGUGGACUUUUGGCACACAGCUUCCAGGCUGCUGUUUGUCAGUGGCAAAGCUUCUGUUGGUUUCAGCAGUAAAGGAUCAAGCUUUAAAUAAACCACUAGACUUACCUAGCAUGGCAAUUCAAAAUGGCAUCAUUCAGAGAACAUGUUUUUACUGUGCCUCUCUUGCAAGGAGUGGGAGGUGGGCCUGAAAGUCUCUCUGUGGCUCAGUCUCUGACCCCUUACAACCAAACCUAUAUAUUUGUCCAGUUCAGGAGGCAGCCCAGCUGAAGCAAUGCGGAGUGAUUGAAGUUAUUACUGUAGGGGCAGUAUGCUUACCAUGUAGAGUGGGCCUUAAAGUCUUGCUUAGGUCAUGCAGAGUGGGAGAGUGGGGAUUUGAGCCCUGAUUUCCUAUGUACCAGCCAGUGCUGUAAUUGCAACCAUCUUUCUUUCAGAACUACAAACAAAUGGGUCUUUCUCUAGUCCGUAUGGACUAGACCUUUUGGGAUUUAUGAAAAGUCUGUUUUGUUUCCUUUUUACAGUUCAAAAAACCCAAAAAUAACCCUGCUUGCCUUUCCCAUGUGAGUAGACCUUCAUAUGAAGAGCACAAUUUAUCUCUAAGGCAUUUUUCUAAAAGGACUGGCCUGGCACUUUCAAAAUAUCACUUCUAAAAGAUGCAAUUCAAUAAGGUCUCAGAAAUAAAUACAGGCUGAGCAGCAUUUAAUGGACUGUUCUAAUCAGGGGAAAAAUGUGUUUGCAGUGGUUUGGUGGGGUUCAUUCAAGAAGUGAUCAGAUUGGCUGGAUGAUUUAAUUGCAUGGUCUUUGGAGAAAUACAUAUGUUCCAGUCACUUUUGUUCCAUCACUCUCCGUGGGGCCACAGCUAUGGGCAAAAUAAAUGUUCAGAAAAGGAAUUUCACUCCGGUAUGUUUCCUCCUUGGAUAUAAAAAAUUCUUUCCCAUUGUUGCAUAGUUCAGUUCAGCAGAGCCUUGCUUUUCUUUUAAAAGCUCUCACUAGUGGUGGCCUUCAUAAUCUUUAGCCAUGCCUGUCUGCAUUCACCUGUCUUUUGUGGGUAUUAUCAGCAUGUCUCAGGGCAGCACCUUUGCUGAAUGUGGCUUGAUGAGGAGAGCUCAUUACUCUGGCAUCUGUCACACCCAUCUUCAUUUAUAAAAGGCACCUUACAACCCUUUUCUGAAGGCAUUUUAGUCAUUCCAACUUUUUUGUAGCUUUUUCAUUCAGUGUUUCUAUGCAGUUAGGGAGAGAGUGUUUUAAAAACCAAGGCCCCAAUUCCAGAAGGUGCUUGAGUCUGUCCGUAUUAAGGACAAUGCUCAGAGCAGGGCUGUCCAACUUCUUAGUUUUGUAUGAAACUUAAGUGCUGUCCUGCACGGGGGCCUGGGCUACCAGGAUCAACUCUAGUGACAGGAAGAUUAAAUUAGUUCAUGUCUAGCAAGCUUAGGCACUUCCAUGGCUCCCAUUACUUGUCAUAUCUGAGCUCCUUGCACUCUCCAUUGUGCUUACCUCUCACCACUCCAGUGGUGUGCAGGUAAGGCCCUUCAUUAUGGUUCCUGUGGUAGGUUUGAGCCUCUCUCUAAACUCCAGCUGAAAAUUGCCCCUAGUUGACAGCUGUAAAUGGAUACUUUGUCUUUUGUUCAGUCAAGUCAAAGGUAGCCUGAUGUGAAACUGGCUAUGUGGGUGUCACUGGCUGCAGAAUCUGGUGUGCCUUUACCAGGCUAGCCUACUAGGCUGUUCAAGCUCAGGCAAACCUUGGACCAUAUUGACUCGGCUGAAACCAAAAAAUACCCUGAUCCCUGCUUUGAAAAAAAAGGUCUCAAGUAACUGGCCCUAUGUUAUACAUUAAGGCUGUGGCAGAAGAGAGAAUUUAAACUACAUCUCCAGAGGUCUAGGCUGGUACUAUAACCACUAGGCUGUAAUGGAAAAAGAGCAGCCCCACUCAGACCAGCUGGAGAAAGAAAAGGCUGAGGUUUUACAAAAAAUUAAUGUAAAUGAAUGCAAAAAGAAAAUUUAUUAAUGGGCCCUAUGCUAUGAAAAUAAAUAUGAGUGUUCAAAUGCUCGAUGUACACAAAGUCAUUGACUUUCACAGGAGGAUAUCUCUGGUCAAACAAAGGCUUGAUCCUCCCAUGAAUAGAAACUACUCAGAUAUGAUUGGCUAUUUUUCUUGCCACUGAUGCUGCUUUUCUUUAUAGAAAAAGCAUUCCCCAAGUCAUUUUGCAAUAAGUGCUGGGAAAACUGACAUGUAAAGUAUUUUCUUCCUUCUCAGAAUUGUGGUACAGACUGCUUAUGCCAUCUUCAACAACUCAUUGAGAAAGUAAAUGAAGAUUGGAAACUAUAUAUUCACUGCAGACAAAGCAGCUAUGCAAGCUUAACUGGUAUGAUCCAAGCUUAAACUGACAUGAGAGUGUCCAUACAUGCACCAAGUUGCACUGGUUUAACAAAACUGAUUUAACAUCACACCUAUAGUACACCCACACAUCUUGUGCAUGUGUUUGUCUCCUAAAGCACAGGUAGUCAACCUACAGUGCACAUGCCAUAAGUAAUGUGGCAUGUGGCAGAUUGGGUAAGGGACAGGCAGCACAGCAGCAGAUCAGAAAGGGAACAGAAAGCAGAGCAGUAGAUUGGGCAGAGAACAGAAGGAGCAUCAGAUUGGAAAGGGGAAGGGCAUCAGUGAAUUCAGGGGGCCCAAUCCUGCUGCUAUUGAUAAUAGGAGGCAUGAUUCACCGUGAUUUAACCAUGAGCAUGACUGGAACCAGAAUCUGGCUCUUCUAGCUGUGACAACAGAUGCGUCUCCUACUACAAAGGCCCUGUUUAGAUCUGACAACAUGGGGCCAAGCUGGCUGCUUGCCCUUUCAUGUUUCUGUUCAAAGUCAUAUUCUGAAGGAUCUGUACAUACUGUAAAUAAAGUAGAUUUGGAUAAUUUA